AUGAAGGGACAACAUGUUAAUGCAAACACAGUUUCGGGAAACCGUCAUGAUAUCCAAAAGUCCUUUUCCUCCAAGCUGGAAUCAAGAGCUGACUUUGGAGCCAAGGAAGUUGUUACACGAAACGAAAAAAUUGAAUAUACCAUCAUGAAUAUUCAUGAUCGAAGGGCUGAUGAGGAGAACUUGAAAAAGAGUCAGAGACAACUCAAUGAAAUUCUGACAAGAACACUUUAUGAAGCACAAAGAAAUUUGAGUGACUUGUCAAAUUUGACAAAGAAAAAGCUUGGACCAAAAGCUCUCCUCUAUCAACAACAAACACUUGACGACAAUGAUCCCUUGUCAGCAUUCGGAGAAGUUGGAAAUUUCGAGACUUCUACGGAAGAUGAUGCUGGUAAAAACCAACACUUGAAUGGAUCCCACAAUAGCUUGCAUUCUAAUGAGAAAGUGGACGAAAAUGGAAUGGCUUUUCUCAAGAAAACAACCAACAAUAAGCUCAAUUCCUUGACGGAAAAUCUCAUGCUCAACCAGUUGAUUGAGCUUGUUGACAUGAAAAAAAGAGAAAAGCAACAAAUGGGAAUUUUUGACAAUUCUCUCAGAGAAAUAUUUUUGAGAACGAGAUCACUUAUAGAGAAUUUGUGGGACGAAAUGAAUAUUGAGGACUCUGAAAGAAGGGAGUUUUCAAAGAGACAUUUUUAUCCCGAGACACUGAUAAAUUAUGUAAUUAUUUUCAAAGAAAUUACCCGAUUGACUGGGGUUAGAUCCAUUCAACACAGUGUGUUGACAAGCUUGGAACAAAGAGAAGUGUAUAUUAAGAGGCUCAAAGAAAUAGCCAUGCAUUUCAAUGGUUACCGACCUGGUAGCUCCUCUCUCAUGAGCAAACUUCAGGAUCCCAUGAUCAAGAAUGAAAUACCAACCAUUGUGGCCAAUCUACGAGAUGUGACAAUAGGGUUGGUUGAAUCCAUUAUUUUGUGGAGGAGUCAGCUCACUAAAAAGACUGUUUUUCUGUACAAUGGAGAAAACUAUAUGCUUAAAAUGCGAAAUGAUACGGACUUUUUAAAGUUGACAGAGUUAGCUCCUCUCUUCGAAAUUGUAGGAAUUUCUUUAUAUUCAAAUCCUCUUUUACUGCCGGAUGACAUUCGACAUAACUCACAAAUAUCUUUCAAUGAUUACGUGAAUGAUAUUAUGAAUGAAAAAGGAGAGAGAAAACAAAAGAUGCACAGUGCUGUGAGUCUUGUUCAGCAUUAUCAGUCGAAACGAGAAAAUGACAAGAAACACACCAUUCGUUUCAGCGAGGACAGCACCCUCCAAAAUAUUCCACGAGUGUUGAAGAUGAAUUUAUCGUUUGCAUACAUGGAAAGAUUAAGAGAGGCUGAUCGUUUAAUUUUCCUCGAAGAGAUGUAUGUUAAAUAUUUGGAGGAUAGGGCCUUGCGGGAUCAAGCUGCAACCAAAAUUCAAAGUCAAUGGCGAUCCUUUCUUGCUCGAAGAUACAUGAAACGCCUUCGAAUGGAAACAAAGAAAGCUGCUGAAUUUUCUAAUAGUGGAACUGCCCAAAGCGGACCAAAGAAACAUAUGACUCAUUCCGUUAACACUCUUAAGGCAAUGUCUAAAGAAGUGGAAUCUCUCACGUCCAAAGAUCUCAAAGAUGAAUUGGAAAAGAAUCGAAAAGCUGAUAUUUUCUUGGAUUCUCUCAAUAUUUCAGGAAGAUAUUCAACUUCAAUAUUUGAUUAUGAAUAA